AUGGUUUUGAUGCGAACUUACACUCGACUCUCGUUGCUACCCGAGUCGCCUAGAUUGGCCUACCGCGCAAUGUCUAGCUCUACGACCAGAUACACUCGCGUAAAAGCCAGUCCGAUACGUACUGCCGAUCUUCCAGGCCCCUACGACCUUCAUAUCCCUACCGUCGAGCUUGCCUACGAAAAACAUCCACGGGCAUCUGCGAAAUCAGGCACCUCUGAUACCCCCACCAAAGAACCCAUCAUCUUUGUACACGGUAUCUUCGGGUCCAAAAGCAAUACGCGAACUGUAUCCCGAGUACUGGCACGAGACCUGGAUCGUGACGUCUAUUGUGUCGAUAUGCGAAACCAUGGUGACUCGCCUCACACACCUCUUCAUACCUACCCCGCGCUGGCCGCGGAUAUUGAGCACUUCAUUGACUGCCACAAACUGGGACCCUCGAUCUUGGUAGGCCACAGCAUGGGUGCCAAGGCCGUAAUGGCCGUUGCUCUACGGUCUCGCGCCAGUGAACUAGUUGCCGGUCUUGUAUCGGUUGACAAUGCUCCUUGGAACGCACAGUUAUCUUCCGAUUUCCCCAAGUACGUUCGCGCGCUGCAACAAAUUGAGGCUGCGCACUUCACACGUACCCAAGACGCCUAUGCUAUGCUGGCAAAACAAGAGCCCAACGUCACCAUCCAGCAAUUCCUCUUAUCCAACAUGAAGCGAGCAUCCCAGCUACCUGUGUCAGCCAAACAUGAACUUGUCGAGCGUUUGCGCUCCCGCCUAAGAGCAAAAUCAGAAGCUGUCCCCGCUGGUCACCACCCUCAUGACCAUCACCCUCACCGUGAUGCUCGCGGUAUAAUUCACGAUCACAGCGUGGCUCCUGGGUCCGGGUCACCUACAGCAGCUGCCAAGACAGCAACAGCUGCAUUAGACUCGGAAAUCAGCGAGGCAGAAAAACACAUUUUGCAUUUCCGUGUUCCUCUUGAUAUCAUUGGCAAAUCGCUCGACCAUAUGGCUGAUUUCCCGUACUUCCCAUUUGAAACCCGGUACAGUGGACCCACCAUGUUUGUACGCGGCAUGAAGUCUCACUAUGUUCCUGACGAAGCUAUUCCAUUAAUUGGUGAAUUGUUCCCUAAGUUUACACUUAAGGAUGUUGAUUCUGGACAUUGGGUUAUUUCGGAAAAACCUUUAGAGUUUGUGGAAUACCUCAAGGACUUUAUCAGCAGAGAAAUCGAGUUGGAUUAA